CUGACACUACGAAAAGCUAAGACGCAGUUUGGCUGCUGCAAAGGGUCUUGGCCAGGAGUAUCCUGAAGAUACAGUUAAAAGAAAGUUUUCCAAAGCAAAGACAGCAAUUUGAAGCUGGGGAUGGCAGCAGCAUUGGACCCAGAUCAGGGAAAGAAACAAAAACUGCUAGUGGAAGAGACAGUCCCUCUCAAAGCAGUGCAGGAGCAGCAGGUCCUGCCUGACUGUGAAGUUCAGAAGCCUGAGAAAGAGAAGGGUUCCCACAUCCAACAGAUUGAGAAUGGGAAACUUGUAGUGAUAGAGUCUUGUGGAAGAGUGGAAGCAUCUAGGAAAAUAGUUGAACCUACCCAGGCCCAUCAUGUGGACUCUGAUUUGCAAAGGGAGCAGGCCAAAGCCAAGGAUAAGACUGACUAUAAAUGCUCAGACCUGACUGAACAUGAAAGUACACACACAGGAGAAGAGCUCUGUGAGUCUGAAGUGCGUCAGAGUUCUACUCUUAGUGGACAUCAGGAAAUCCUCUCUAAAGAGAAAGGUCGUCAGUGCCACGAGUGUGGGAAAGUCUUUCAGAGGAGUUCACACCUCAUCAGACAUCAGAAAAUUCAUCUUGGUGAGAAGCCUUAUCAGUGCAAAGAGUGUGGAAACGUCUUCAGCCAGAACGCAGGCCUUUUGGAACAUCUCAGAAUCCAUACUGGAGAGAAACCUUAUCUAUGCAUCCAUUGUGGAAAGAACUUUAGGCGCAGCUCUCACCUUAAUCGACACCAAAGAAUCCACAGUCAGGAAGAACCCUGUGAGUGCAAGGAGUGUGGAAAAACCUUCAGUCAGGCCCUACUCCUCACCCACCACCAGAGAAUCCACAGUCACUCCAAAAGCCAUCGGUGUAACGAGUGUGGAAAAGCCUUCAGUUUGACCUCAGACCUUAUUCGACAUCACAGGAUUCACACUGGAGAAAAACCUUUCAAAUGUAAAGUAUGCCAGAAAGCCUUCCGACUAAACUCACACCUUGAUCAGCAUUUAAGAAUCCAUAAUGAAGAAAAACCCUUUGAGUGUAGUGAAUGUGGAGAAGCCUUCAGGCAGAAAUCAGGUCUUUUUCAGCAUCAGAGACAUCACCACAAAGGCAAACUGGCUGGAUGAGGUGUUCUCUCCUAGUAGAACAUCAGAAAGGGUCCAGUGCAAGCAAACAACACUGUAGGAAAAAGUACCUCUAGCCAACUGUGGCAUCAAAGAAUACUUAGAGGCCAAGUUGAAAGCUGUUUGUCUCUCCUUUAUUUUCCUUAAGGUCAUCUUUGGGC